AUGGUAUGUUCAUUUUUAUCAGAGCCUCUCUGACAAAUUUACAGGUUCACUUGAUAACUUUGACGGUUUUCAUCGCGAUUUUCGCGGCUUCUCAAGCCUUUUUGGAGUUUUUGGAGACACCGACGAUCCCAAAAUGCGGGAAAAACGAAAGAUAUUCGUCCUGCUACUAUUGCGAGAAGACCUGCGGCGGUCCCAGCAACAAAGUCGGCUUUUCUUUUUUUUUGAAAAAGAACUGAAUUUUCAGAAAUGUCGAGAAAGAAAGUGUCAGAAGGGUUGCCUGUGCAGUAUGGGGUACACGCGACUAGAGAAAAGUUCUCCCUGCGUUACCAACCAGGAGUGUUUCCUGAGUAGGAAGUGCGGAAGUGUGUUCUGCAAAAUCGGAACCGUCUGCGCCCAUGAUGUGGGGGGUUACGGUUACUGUAAACCAGCAAUACUCGGCUAA